CUGGGAGCAGUUAAGUCACUGAACUCUCUGAGGAUGGAAAUGUGUUCCUAAUCAGUGGCAAACGUUUGAUUCGGUCAUUUAAAAAGCCUUGCUGAUCCUAAUCAAUUCCUAUAGAGCGCACCAUUGGCCUCUGACAGUGUCUGACUCACUGUGCAUGGAAUAUCACUUCAUUCGUCCCCGUGACGUCAUGCGCGAGCAGGAGUUGAAGCAGAAGGCAGGGAAAAGCUAAGUGGUCAAAGGAAGUUGGGCUCUCCUCCCACCCUCCCUCUUUCCCGCCCUCCUACUCUAAUACAUCUCAUACAUAUUACCAAACCUUUAAUCUGACGGUACACAUCACAAAGUCACUCACCAAGGCUCCGGGCUGAGACGCAUUUCCCAGCUCAUGUUGUACUUUAAGCUGUUUUUGCGCAGUACAGUGCUGGCUUAAGCCCCAGUGUUCCUCCAUUAGUUGCACCAAGUUUCCGUGGCGCUGAGAGAGCAGGGACCGGUUUGGUCAUAUUGUCUGUGGGGCUGCAUCCUUCGCAUCAAUCAACAGUCAAGACGAAUUCUGGAUUCUAUUUGCUGAAAAACAAAGAGGAGCGACUUGGACACAAUCAAAGAAAACUCCAUCAGAAAGCAGAGGACCCUGUAAUCCACCGCAAAUCGGAUGUUAUAUUUAUGCUUGUAAUUUUUUAAAACCAAGUCAAAAGUGUUAAGACUCCAUUGGGCCUGAAAAGUGUAACUUUUCAACGCAGUUUUCUUGGAGCAGAGGUCUUCAUCAUGAGCAAGCCUGCUGGUUCAACAAGUGGUUGUCUGGAUAUUUUAAAUGUCAAAUCCAGUCGGAUUCUGGACAUUCCAUGUAAAGUGUGUGGAGACCGAAGUUCUGGAAAACACUACGGUGUUUAUGCGUGUGAUGGCUGCUCGGGAUUUUUCAAGAGGAGCAUACGGAGAAACAGAACGUAUGUCUGCAAAUCUGGCACACAGGGCGGCUGUCCAGUAGACAAGACGCACAGAAAUCAGUGUCGCGCCUGUCGCUUGAAAAAGUGUCUAGAAGUGAAUAUGAAUAAAGAUGCCGUGCAGCACGAGAGAGGACCGAGGACUUCAACCAUUCGAAAGCAGGUGGCACUGUAUUUCCGAGGGCAUAAAGAGGUGAACGGUUCGUCGACCCAUUUUCCAUCCACGUCUAUCCCCGGGCCGCCGUUUUUCACUACAGUCACGCAGCUGGAGCCUCACAAUCUGGAGUUAAACACGGUCACAAGCACACCGGAACGACAGGCCAUUGUGGGACUCGCCCAACCCACACCGAAGUAUCCUCAUGAAGUUAGCGGCACUCCCAUGUACCUGUAUGAAGUGGCGACCGAGUCCGUGUGCGAAUCAGCCGCGCGCCUGCUCUUCAUGAGCAUUAAAUGGGCCAAGAGCGUUCCGGCCUUCUCCACACUUCCUCUACCGGACCAGUUGAUCCUUUUAGAAGACGCCUGGAGGGAACUGUUCGUGCUGGGCAUAGCGCAGUGGGCCAUUCCAGUGGACUCCAGCACUCUCCUAGCUGUUUCAGGAAUGAACACGGAGAACACAGAUUCCCAGAGGCUAAAUAAAAUCAUCGCAGAGAUCCAGGCGCUGCAGGAGGUCGUGACGCGCUUCAGACAAUUAAGACUGGACGCUACCGAGUUCGCUUGCCUUAAGUGCAUCGUCACCUUCAAAGCAGUUCCAACACAUAGUGGUUCGGAAUUGAGGAGCUUUCGCAACGCCAGUGCCAUUGCCGCCCUUCAGGACGAAGCACAGUUGACUCUAAACAGCUACAUCCACACGAGGUACCCUACUCAGCCGUGUCGCUUUGGGAAACUGCUGUUGCUCUUGCCUGCUCUACGUUCAGUUGGUUCAUCCACCAUUGAAGAGGUGUUCUUCAAAAAGACCAUCGGAAACGUGCCCAUCACACGACUGCUCUCCGACAUGUACAAAUCCAGUGAUAUAUGAGCUACUGAGAGAGAGAAAAGAAAGAACAAAAUGUAUCUUUGGCCUUGGCAUUCGCAUGGACGCUGUGGAUGAUACCAGAUACCCUAAUGUGAUACUUCACGCACUUGUUUGGAGAAUAAAGCUCUACCAAUGUCAAGAUGUUAUGCAGGGAAACUAUAAAACAAACAAGACUGAAUCUCUAAAAGUUGAGCUUACUGCUUAGAAAGAAAAACGUUUAACCAGUACUUUUCCAAUUGAUUUACUUUUAAUCUAUUUAAGUUCGUUUAUGGAAGUAACUUAACAAGCUUAAUCUGUUCUUGUUCAAUCAAGAUUUAAAUACAAAAUUAUUAGUUUGUAGUCAUAAAUUUGAAUGGAGUGUCCGUGAGGUUAUGUACAAUCAUUCAUUUCAAAACCGGACAUUUUGUGUCCAUUCGACCAAUACCUUUAUGACCAAUGCUGUUUUGAUUUCAGCACCAUUAUCAUUCGUUUGUCCAGAAGAACUUUGAAGGAAACCAAAAAAAAAAAAAAAAAAAACCAUGAGGCAUGUUG